AAUUUCGCAUGUCUUCGGAAACAGUCUCCAUCAAGCUGUGUUUAUUCAGUGUGGAUAAAUCUAGCCCAAUAUCGACCAGGUGACACCGGCUUUGAGAACGUGUUUAUAUUCUGGUUAGAACGCCACACAAUGGAUACAAAAGCGGAUCCUUUGACGAUUGUGAUCGAUAUGACUGGGACCAGUACGAAAAACAUGGAUCUGAACAUUUUUAAAUUCAUCUUACACGCUGUCAAAUACUAUUAUCCUAGUACUGUUCAUGAUAUUAUCAUUUUUGAAUCGCCACCAAUAUUCGACGCUUCAUGGAAGAUAAAUCCAGCUCAUCCGCAAAUUCAUCAUGUGACGAAAGAAUGCAUUACACAAUUCAUCGAUAGCGAAUAUCUUCCGCAACACAUGGGAGGGGAUGUAAGUAAAUUUUUCUGCCCCUCAAAAAAUCCUGCAACAUAUGCUGAGGACUUCACACCGCUGAUCUUAUUCAUAUGCUCUAUAUUCAAAAACAAAACGCAGCUGCUUCUGAGAGUAUCGUUUGCAAAUCUUUUCUUCUUCCUUGACGAAAGAUCAUUCCCUGAGACAUGCACCAAGAAACCAGGAAUGAGUGCAGAGCAUUCAAAUCUUGAAGAAUGCAGACCAUAUGUGGGUUAUUAA